GUCGUUACCAUGGCAACGCUGUGUAAUGUUCUCUGCUCUCGCCUCGUCCUCUCUCUCUCUCGUCUCUCUCUCGUCUUCACUUCCUUCCUGCGUUGCCACGGCGAUUCUCUGGGAUGAGGAGCCGCAUCGUUCAGCGGCAGUGUCGGAGCGCUGAGCCGAGCAGGACGUCCGUAGACAAUCCUUCAUCCUCUGCUAGGCGCUGUCCUUUCCCCCGCUUGGACCUGUCAACUUUGACCCCUCGCUUCCGCCAUCAAAGCAGAUCAGAGAUCCGUGGCGUUCCUGGUCGGCUGCUCGCUGACGUCACGGCAAGUUGGAUGAACUUCCGUCUUUUCCCAACACCGAUUGGCAUCCAUGUUGGCAGUCUGACAGCUGGCCGACAACAACUCACCUCCUUCUCCUCCUCCUCUACACUGACAUGAACGUGGAGGUGCAGGAGUUACCGCUGUCCCCGGAGGAGGCGCUGCAGGAGGAGGAGGAGGAACGGGAGACACACUUGGAAGAUGAGGUGAAACUUGAGGAGGAUAUGCAGGAGGACGAGAUGCAGUGGACGGAGGAGGUGGAGCGGGAGGAGCAGGAAACUGAGGAAUCAGAAAGGCAGGAGGUGCAAGAGGAGGGGGAGGACUUGCAACAGGAGGAGGAUCAAACUGAGGAGGGGGAGCAGCAGGAGGUGCAACAGCUGGAAGAACAGAAGGAGACGCAACAAAUGGAGCAAGAAGGUGAGGUGGUGCAACAGGAGGAGGUGCAGCAGAUUGUCGAGAUGGAGAAAGAGGAUCCAACUGAAGAGGUGCAAGAGGAGGAGGAGGUGCAGCAGGAAGAAGAGCAACAUAUGAAGGAGGUGCUCCAAAAGGAGGAGGAGGUGCAGCAGCAGGAGGAAGAGCAAGAAAUGGAGGAGGUGGAGAAGGAGGUGCAUCUGGAGGAAGAGCAAGAAAUGGAGGAGGCACAAAGAUAUGAUGAGGUACUUUUAGCGGGGGAAGACAAGGUGCAGCAGGAGGAAGAGGUGGAGGAAAGGGAAGUGCAGCAAGGGUGGGAGGAGGAGGAAGAGGAAGUGCAGCAUAUUGGCAAGUUUGAGCGGGAAAAUCCCACUGAGGAGGUGCAGCUAAAUGACCAGCAGCAAGGGGAAGAGGAGGAGGAGGAGGUGAAGCAGGAAAAAGCACAACAAAUUAAAGCGGUAGUUCAAGAGGAGAAUGAAGACGUACAGCAGCUGGAUGCGGAGAAGGAGGUUCAGCAAGAGGAAGAGCAAGAAUUGGAGGAGGUGCUGCAAGACGAGGAGUUGCAACAACAGGAAAAAGAGGAGGUGAAUCAGAUGCAGCAGGAGGAGCAGGCGAAUGAUAAGGAGAAGGUGCAGCUUGAAGAGGAGCAACAAAUGGAGGCGGUGCAAUUCCAGGCGCAGCAGGAGGAGGCGAAAGCAAAGGAGAUGCAUCAGGGGUGGGAUGAGGAGCAGGAGGAGAUGCAGGACUUUGUGGAUGUUUUGGAUCAGAACCACAACAGUCAGGUGCUGAAUCGCCUGAGAGGAAUGCAGAAAUAUAAAACCACAUCACAGAGGCUCAAAGCGGUUCUGGACCAAAUGGACCACGGUGUAGUGGACCUUCAGGAGCUGCGUUGCAACUUGCAGCUGGCGGUCUCAAUGUUGGACGCAGUCUACACGGAUGAGACCAAACGUCUUCUGGAUCCUGAAGAUGAGCUCAGCGACCUGCAGGCCGAGUCGGUGCCCAGCGAGGUGCGUGAUUGGCUGGCGUGCACCUUCAGCAGAAAGAUGGGCGUGGCCAAGCGUCGCCCUGAGGAGAAGCCCAGAUUCCGGAGCAUCGUCCACGCCGUGCAAGCAGGAAUAUUUGUGGAGAGGAUGUACAGACGGACUUCCAACAUGGCUGGACUCACGUACCCACCCACGGCUCUGACAGCUCUGAAGGACGUGGAUCAGUGGUCCUUUGAUGUGUUUUCCCUACAUGAGGCCACUGGGGACCACGCCCUCAAGUUCCUGGUCUACGAGCUGCUGACCCGCUAUGACCUCAUCACCAGGUUCAGGAUCCCGGUCCCGGCUCUGGUGCAGUUCGUGGAGGCUUUGGAGAAUGGCUACAGUAAACACAAAAACCCUUACCACAACCUGGUCCACGCCGCCGACGUCACCCAGACAGCACACUUCCUGAUGCUACACACUGGACUCAUGCACUGGCUGAGUGAGUUGGAGAUUCUAGCGAUGGUGUUUGCGGCGGCCAUUCAUGACUUUGAACACACGGGAACAACCAACAACUUCCACAUCCACACGAGGUCGGAGGUGGCCAUCUUUUACAAUGACAGGUCGGUGCUGGAGAACCACCACGUGAGCGCCGCCUACAGGCUGAUGGCGGAGGAGGACACCAACAUCCUGGUCAACCUGAACAAGGACGACUGGAGGGAGCUGAGGGCGCUUGUCAUUGAGAUGGUGAUGUCCACUGACAUGUCGUGUCACUUCCAGCAGAUUAAGACCAUGAGGAACACCCUGACACAGUCACAUGGUAUGGACAAAGUGAAGGUUUUAUCUCUGAUGCUUCACGCCGCCGACAUCAGUCAUCCCGCCAAAGCGUGGCCGCUGCACUUCCGCUGGACACACAGCCUGAUGGAGGAAUUCUUCAGACAGGGAGACAAAGAAGGUGAACUCGGACUUCCUUUUUCACCUCUCUGUGAUCGCAAGGCCACCAUGAUAGCACAAUCGCAGAUUGGUUUCAUUGACUUCAUCGUGGAGCCGACAUUCAGUGUUCUUGUGGACAUGACGGAGAAGGUCAUUGGUCCUCUGAUAGACGAGGAAAGGAAUGCCCGGGAGACAGGAAACAGGCGGUCCAGCCUAACAGGAAGUGGCUCUGUCACUGUGGAGUCUGUCCAACGACAUAACAGUGGUCGCCAUGGCAGCAGUGAUGACGGACAGCUGGACUUCUCCUUGACCGCUAUCGACCUGCCGGCCCUAAGGACACACCUGUCUGGUGUCAUCACCAGCAACAAGGAGCGAUGGAAAGAACUCUCUGUGGACGAGUUGGCCAAUAAGGAGCAAGAGGAGCAGGAGAGGGCGGAAUCUAAGAACCAACCACAGAGCUUGGCUGACCUCGAACCCACAGACCACUCCACUUGGAAUGGGGCGGGGCCAGGAGAGGAGCAGGAAGACGACAAAGUGCCUGAAAACACCUGAUGGACAUCCACUGUGAAGUGUUUGGGGGGAAACCGUCGUCAUGGCGAGGGAAGCGCAGUGACUGAGCGGAUCCCAGGGAGCCUCAAGUGCCCUCCAGGAGGCCUCCAGAACUUUUGUUUGCUAGUGACCAUGAAGGCAUCAUGCGCUUCCUUGCAGCUUCAUUGUCCAAACAUAGUGGGGAGGAGCUAUGGAGCUGAUAGGAAGUACCCGUGUCGUUUGUCUCAUUAGAGGCGGGGAGACUCCACAUGUAGAACACUUUAGUUGAAUCUAGAAGCUAUCAAGCCUGCAUGUCCCGGCAUGCAUCAAUGCUGUGGACCACCGCUCUUCUCACGCAGCCUUUGGUGUUUUUAUGCUCAUCAUUGUUGCUUCUUCUGGCUGUCAAUAAAGAUCAACCAUCACCAUGGCAUCACCCUCAAAUUGUUCAGCUCACGAAGGGGCAGGGCCUCCAUCACGGACAUUCUUCUGAGCACUGUCUGUUCAUGCGACGUGUGCUGUAGGUAUUGUGCACUUUGUGUGUGUGUGUGUGUGUGUGUGUGUGUGUGUGUGUGUGAGCGUGUACACUGUACAGCUAGCUUAUGUAAACUUGUAUUAAACAUUUUCCACUUGUCCCAGCCACGUCUCUUGCUGGUCACUCUUCCAGUCAAAGGUUGCACAGGAUGAAGUCUUCCGACGAGCAUAUAACACCCCCUUGAGCCGGCCACGUCAUUAGAGAGCGCUAGACGUACAUGAGCCCACCACGAUCAAAUACUGUACAGCAGUGGCGGAGCCACGUCGUGGGCCACACCUGGUCACUCUGCGGCCACCCCACUGGCCAUCUACACAUUUCAGGUAUCAAAUUAUUGCCACCCCUGUGUUAGUAAUGGUGUCACCUUGGCCACCCCAAUGAAAAAUUUCUGGCUCCCCCACUGCUGUUCAGUACUUCAAUACAAUAUUGAGAAUAGACGUGAUUUAAGAUAGUUUUUUGUAGUUCCAAAGUAUCCCUUUGUGUUUACAUAUGCACUGAUGACUCUGUUGGGAGACACAGCAGUCGUUACUGAUUGCAGCCAAUUAACAGCUUGUUUGACUUCUCCUCCUGACUCAUUCCCCACCAAUCAGAGAUGACCCAUCCUGACAUAAGCCUCAAAGGAAGUCAAAAGUCGAUUUGGAAAAUAGGGAUGGGCGAUACUGCAAAUUUUGGUACGGAAAAUUGCAAAUAUAGGGCCAGUGUUGCCUAUACCAAUACCAAUAAUCUUUCAAGUUAAUUGAAUUAAUUUGUAAUUUUGCCUUUAAUUGUAAUCAAAAUAAAACGCAGGACAAAGAUUUUAGGCAAAAAAGGAUUAACAAACCUAUUUGUGAACAGUUUAACAAUACUUACAUUCAAUUUGCAGAAUUCCAUUCACAAAACAGUCAAAUAUAGGUCAAAAAGCUUGAUCUGAAAUGCUUCGCAUACACAUCAUUAGAUUGUAAACAUAAUUUCCAACAUUCACACACACCCACGCACACCCACACACACUUGUAAAUGACUGUCAAGUGCAUGCCGAAGCAAUAGUGGAUAUUAAGGCUGAAUUACAAUUGUACCCCUUAGCCCUUCCCCCUUCCCCUACCCCUUAAAACCGAGGGCCGAGGGGAAGAAGCCACUGGGACACCACUUGAUUCUCAUUACAUCAUCCCCCUUCACCGAUUGUUGGCUGUCACAUAGGGAGAUGAGAUAAUUCAAUUGUCCAUAAUAAAUGUUUCCAAUCAUAACGUAAGGUGCAUACAUGUCUACCUACAUUAUUUCACUGUUAUAUAGCCUACCUCACAACACCUUUUUUUUAAAAAUAAAAGGCGCACAUUUUUGCAAACUGUGACAUUUAUUGCAAAAAAAAACAAUCUCCAAUAAAUAACAGCUGACAACCAGCACUGUAACAACAAUGAUA